GCUACUGCUUCUCCUUAACACAGAAGAAACUACCAAAUUGAACGUGAACAUCCACCGUGUUCGUAGUUAGGGUUUCUAAUCGCUAAACCUCGAUCCACAAACGAACACACAUCUUUCCAGAUAAGAGGUUGAAACUUCGCACGCCGACAUCAGAACCAAUCUAGAGAGAGAGAGAGAGAGAGAGAGAGAGAGAGGUCUUAACUGCUUUUUCAUGAUCAGAUUCGAUUCUUACGCCCUCAGUUCCUUACAUUUCCACAAGAACAAACUUCUUCGGAGUCUUAGAUUGCAUCUCUUUUUAUAUUACUGCAAUCCAUGGAUUUAGAUGCUCAAGGAGGCAACAGUCGCGUGUUCCAGCGACUCCGCGCUCAACCGUCGAACGACAACAGGCAGCAAAAGGUCUGCCACCAUUGGCGGGCGGGCAGGUGCAGCCGCUACCUGUGUCCCUAUCUUCACAGAGAAUUGCCGCCACCGCCGCCUGCUGGUUCCAAUGGCAAUGCAUCGAAGCGUGGGUUUUCUGAUGAUUCGGGAUUUUCCGGGCCAUCUGGGACACGGAGAAGUGGCAAUUUCAAUAACGCGUCAUCUUGGGGACGAUUAGGGAAUAAUAAGAUUUUGAGGAAGACUGAGAAAGUUUGUAAUUAUUGGGUUCAAGGUAAAUGUAGUUAUGGUGACAAGUGCAGGUACUUGCAUUCGUGGAGUUUGGCUGAUAGUUUUUCGUUUUUGACGCAGCUUGACGGUCACCAGAAGGUGGUAACUGGAAUUGCUUUGCCAACUGGGUCCGAUAAGCUUUACACGGGAAGUAAUGAUGAAACCGUAAGGGUUUGGGAUUGCCAGUCUGGCCAGGUUUGUAUGGGUGUGAUUCAACUUGGAGGGGAGGUUGGUUGCAUGAUCAGUGAAGGUCCUUGGAUUUUUGUUGGUGUACCAAAUGUUGUUAAGGCAUGGAAUACGCAAACUAACACUGAUCUAAGUCUUACUGGACCUGUUGGACAAGUUUAUGCCCUGGUUGUUGGUAAUGAGUUCCUCUUUGCUGGUACACAGGAUGGGGCGAUAUUAGCAUGGAAAUUUAAUGCAGUUACCUUUAACUUUGAACCAGCUGCAUCACUUACAGGUCACACCGUUGCAGUUGUUUCACUAGUUGUUGGAGCUGAUAGACUCUAUUCUGGUUCUAUGGACCAUUCUGUGAGGGUCUGGAAUCUUGAAACUUUGCAGUGCGUACAAACACUAACUGAGCAUUCUUCAGUUGUUAUGUCUGUUCUUUGUUGGGACCAGUUUCUUCUGUCAUGCUCAUUGGACCAAACAAUAAAGGUGUGGGCUGCUACAGAAAGUGGGAACUUGGAAGUAGCAUACACUCACAAUGAAGAGCAUGGCCUGCUUACCCUCUGCGGGAUGCAUGAUUUAGAAGGCAAGCCAGUCCUGCUGUGCUCUUGUAAUGAUAAUUCAGUCCGGCUAUUCGAUUUACCAUCGUUUUCAGAAAGGGGUAAAAUCUAUGCUAAACAGGAGAUUCGUUCCAUUCAAACUGGUCCUGGGGGUUUGUUUUUCACUGGUGAUGGAACUGGUCAAGUGAGAGUGUGGAAGUUUGUAGCCGAACCAACUGUCUCUGCCUGAUGACCAUUUUAUGCAUGUGUAAUCUGUGGAUUUUCUGUUCUUUGGUUAUUCAAAUUUAUUCUUUUCUCGGGGUUUCAUGUGUUGUAAUUCUGAGGAAGGAGUAACAAGCAGAAAAUGCCUGUUUUGGUUUCCUUGAGUCAGCAUGUGCCAUAGUAAUUAUUAUAGAUGAAGCGUUUCAUGCCUCAUUUCAAAGUGUGUAACAGUUGAUACAGCACUCCAGUCUCCGCAUGACUACACCUCUAUUACUUUUGCAUGAAAAUUUUCAAUUAUUAGCCA